GACGAUCAGUGUUACACGCCUUCGUGGGAGGGACUGGGAGCGGCUGAAUAUAAGCACACUCAGAAAGCAGCAAGAUUCACUUCUGAACUCAACUCCUCUGACAAGGCAAAAUGGCAAAGCGUGUGGCGGUGAUUUUGUCAGGCUGCGGCGUAUAUGACGGCACAGAGGUUCAUGAGGCGUCUGCUGUGUUGGUGCACCUCAGUCGUGCAGGUGCCAAGGUUCAGAUGUUUGCACCUGAUGUUGAGAUGAUGCAUGUGGUGAACCACUGUGAAGGAAAGCCCGGGUCGGAGAAGAGGAACGUGCUGCAGGAGAGUGCUCGCAUCGCCCGGGGUGACGUCACAGACCUGGCCAAGAUAGACGUCGGAACCUUUGAUGCGCUCAUCAUUCCAGGUGGUUUUGGAGUGGCUAAAAACCUGAGCGACUGGGCCACCAAAAACAAGGAGUACUCAGUCAGACCUGAGGUUGAGAAGGUCAUUAAAGCUUUUCAUCAGGCGAAGAAACCCAUGGGCAUGUGCUGCAUUUCUCCUGUGCUGGCAGCCAAAGCUAUUCCCGGAUGUGAGCUGACCGUCGGCCACGACACGGAGUGUGAGAAGUGGCCGUACGCUCAAGUGGCUAAAGCCAUGGCUGACCUGGGCUGCAAACACUUGAAUAAGAAUGUCGGUGAGGUUCACGUCGAUUCCAAGAACAAACUGGUGACUACGAGUGCGUUCAUGUGCAACACUGCCAUCCAUGAGAUCUUUGAUGGUGUGGGUGUCAUGGUCAAAGAAGUUCUCAAGCUAGCCUAACUUUGUCAUUUCACAGUCUGAAAGUAAUUACAUCAAUAAAUGUAUAUUUAUUUAUAAAUGAAUAAAAAUGUUGUCCUUUAAACCUAGAAAAGUUAAACACUGGUCAUAAACUUAUAUAUCACAGUUCAUUUUCGGUAAAACAGGGCAAACUUACUGUCAGUGUCUUUGUGGUAACCAAUAAAACUGAACUGAUUUUGAACA